AUGCCGGCUGCCGCCACGGAGGGCCCGCCUGCAGCCCUGAGCUUGGCUGAGAAGGCCGUGUGCAAAGUGGUGUAUGGCGCCCCCCACCCCCGCCCGCUGCUGCUGCCCGUGGGCCUGGAGCCGUGGCUAUACGUACAGAAGAUGCACAGCCUGCAGGGGAAGCGGAUGGAAGCCUCGUGCCUGGAGCUGGCCCUGGAGGGUGAGCGGCUGUGCAAGGCUGGCGACUUCAAGGCAGGCGUGGCCUUCUUUGAGGCCGCUGUGCAGGUGGGCACCGAGGACCUGAAGACGCUGAGUGCCGUCUACAGCCAGCUGGGCAACGCCUAUUUCUACCUGAAGGAGUUCGCCCGGGCGCUGGAGUACCACAAGCACGACCUGUUGCUGGCUCGGACCAUCGGUGACCGCAUGGGGGAGGCCAAGGCCAGUGGGAACCUGGGCAACACACUUAAGGUGCUGGGCCGCUUUGACGAGGCCAUUGUCUGCUGCCAGCGGCACCUGGACAUCGCCCAGGAGCAGGGGGACAAGGUUGGGGAGGCGAGGGCACUUUACAACAUUGGCAACGUGUACCACGCCAAGGGCAAGCAGCUGUCCUGGAACGCAGCACAGGACCCUGGGCACCUGCCGCCUCCCGUCCGCGAGACGCUGCGCCGGGCCUCUGAGUUCUACGAGAGGAACCUGUCCCUGGUGAAGGAGCUGGGCGACCGGGCAGCCCAGGGCAGGGCCUAUGGCAACCUGGGCAACACCCACUACCUGCUGGGGAGCUUCACAGAGGCCACGACCUUCCACAAGGAGCGCCUGGCCAUUGCUAAGGAAUUUGGAGACAAGGCGGCAGAGAGGAGGGCCUAUAGCAACCUGGGGAACGCCCACAUCUUCCUGGGGCGCUUCGACGUGGCCGCCGAGUACUACAAGAAGACCCUGCAGCUGUCCCGGCAGCUCAAGGACCAGGCGGUGGAGGCGCAGGCCUGCUACAGCCUGGGCAACACGUACACGCUGCUACAAGACUACGAGCGCGCCGCCGAGUACCACCUGCGGCACCUGCUCAUCGCCCAGGAGCUGGCCGACAGAGUGGGUGAGGGCCGGGCGUGCUGGAGCCUGGGGAACGCCUACGUAUCCAUGGGGAGCCCAGCACAGGCCCUGACCUUCGCCAAGAAGCACCUGGAAAUCUCCCAGGAGAUCGGGGACCGCAGUGGGGAGCUCACGGCCCGCAUGAACGUGGCGCAGCUGCAGCUGGCGCUGGGCCGGCUGUCCAGCCCGGCAGCCGCGGAGAAGCCAGACCUGGCCGGCUAUGAGGCCCAAGGGGCCAGGCCCAAGAGGACACAGAGGCUGAGCGCGGAAACCUGGGACCUGCUGAGGCUUCCCCUGGAGCGGGAGCAGAAUGGAGACAGCCACCACGCGGGGGACUGGCGGGGGCCAGGCAGGGACUUGCUCCCCCCCGCCGUGAGGAGCAGGAAGUACCAGGAAGGGCCGGACGCUGCUGAGAGGAGGCCACGGGAGGGUGGCCACUCCCCACUGGACAGCGCAGACGUCCGGGUGCAGGUGCCUCGCACGAGCAUCCCCCGGGCCCCAUCCUCCGACGAGGAGUGCUUCUUUGACCUGCUGAGCAAGUUCCAGAGCAGCCGCAUGGACGACCAGCGCUGUCCUCUGGAGGAGGGUCAGCCCGCGGCCGCUGAAGCCACGGCCGCCCCCACCCUGGGGGACAGGAUUGGCCAGCCCUCGCUGACGGCCUCCCCCCAGACCGAGGAGUUCUUCGACCUCAUCGCCAGCUCCCAGAGCCGCCGCCUGGACGACCAGCGGGCCACCGUGGGCAGCCUGCCCGGGCUGCGCAUCACCCACAACAAUCUGGGCCACCUGCGUGGUGACGGGGACCCCCAGGACCCGGGGGACGAGUUCUUUAACAUCCUCAUCAAGUGCCAGUCCUCCAGGAUCGACGACCAGCGCUGCCCGCCACCGGACGCGCUGCCCCGCGGCCCCACCAUGCCCGACGAGGACUUCCUCAGCCUCAUCCAGAGGGUCCAGGCCAAGCGGAUGGACGAGCAGCGGGUGGACCUCGCUGGGAGCCCGGAGCAGGAGGUGGGCGGACCCCCCGAGCCCCGGCAGCAGUGCCAGCCCGGCGCCAGCUAA